AUGUCCUCGUCCGGCGCUAGUGGCACUAGCGCUGGCGGGGACAAAGGUAACGCCUCCUUAUCUCCGCCGCCCCCGGCGAGGGAGAAGGACGAAGGGGAAGAAAAGGGAGAGGAGGGGAGCGAUGCAAAGAGCGGCGGUGGCAGCGGGGGGGCGACGCAGGCAGGGGGCGAGGGUAGGGAGACCGAGGAGGCGUCGACAGCCAACGAGAGGAAGCGCGAGGAGGAAGAAGAGACGGAGGAGGAGAGAGAGCGGCGGAGAGAGCAGCGCGCGGACGUCGAUCGGCACAUGGCCAAGCUGUACAUCACGGUGCUGCAGGCCAAGCACCUGGAGCUUGGCAGGGGAGUCGGCGCGGGGGGCGCGUUCUGCAAGGUGCGGACGCGGGAGGAUGAGGAAGAGGAGGAGGGGCUGGUGGCAGGGUUUGCCAGCCUGGGGAUCGGGGAGCUGCCGAUGUGUGACCCAGCUGAUGUGCCGGGUGACUUCGAGUCCGUUCGUGAUGUUUUCAAGAAAGCUAAGAGCCACACGGAACGCGCGCUGCGGCACUACGUGCUGGACGGCUUCGUGACGGCGCACGUGGCGCUGCAUCAAGGCAUGAGCAGGGCCUACCUCUACCUCUCCGGGUUCGAGCGGGACGCCAAGAGGAGGCGUGCCAUGAGCACGCGAAGAGCUCAGGCGCUGGAGCCGUUGUUGGACGCCCUGGCCCGCAAGGCAUACGCUCGGCUUCACAAGGAAUUGUCGUUCGAGCUCGGCGAGAUCUAUCAGGACCUGGCCGACAUCAAGAUAUUGAGGGCGGAAGAGAAGCUGAAGUCUGGGGAGGCGAAGUCCCCCACCGCCCUAGCGUCCGACCUCCGUCGGGCCAACAAGCUCCUCAAGAGCGCCAUAGGGUUUUUCUCGCACUUCGUGGCGAUGUACCACGAGGGAGAUCCGAGCGGGGGCUCCGCGGAAUCUCCGUCUCAGCCGGCGAAGGGUAUGGAGCCGGACGAGGCCGUGGGUUACCUCCAGGCCAGGUUCAUGCGCGCUAGGCUCAACGGCAAGCUUAAGCCCCUGACCACGUGGGUGUUUUUGGGAGGGACAAAAGUAGCAUUUGCAUCAAUCAUCGUCGGAACGCACGACGAGCCGGUUUUGAGUUUUAUCUUUAAGGAGCUGGAGCUUGCCGAGGAGAUGGCGCAGCUGCAACGGCGCAACAUCGCCAACCUGGAGCAGAAGCUGGAGGAGGAGAAGAAGAAGAUCCAGGCGAAGUAGCCGCGGCAUUUAAAUAGCAGCGUCUGCGGGGGCGGCGGCGGCGACGGCGGAGGGUGUAGUGAGGGCAAAAAGUAGGACCUUUUGUCUUGAGCUGCGGGCAGCGAGCGCAGGCCGUGUUGAAGUGGUGAGGUUGUUUUGUCACAGAAAGUGCGGCGGAGCGGCAGUAGCAGGUAUUCGCACGCACCGCUUUGGCUUGUGCGUGAAGAUGGUGGUGGCUGGUGUUGACGCGUACGGGAGGCAGGCUUGAACCGAGAAAAUAAACAUGGUAUGGACGCCGAGGUGCUUGUUGUCGAACAGUCUGGGUUAGAAGAAAGAGAGGUGUUAGGCGCGUAUGAGGUGUAGCUCAGCCUGGAUGACCGUCUUUGUCGACACCCCAUUCUGCAUCACGCGCACGGGUUUCUGUAGCUUUGGGGGAAGUUGGGUGAGAUUCCCCCAAAGUUGUGACGAAGAUAUCGGUCUUUGUCUCCUGUUCGGCAAAAAAAAAGGGCAGGUCGAAGCCCAUCACUUUUUGCUUUUUUUGUCGGUGUCACACUCUUUGUGCCCCUUUCGGCUUUAACGGUGGCAGGCAGCUUUCUGAUCGAUGUAUUGGAUCAACCCUGUUCGCCUAUCUAGCACAGGAAUAUGGCCCUAAGGCGUUGUUCCCUCGUAGACCACCAUGUUUUUUUUUGGGGGUCGUGCGUGGACCUACAGCAGUAGUAGAUCGCGAACAGAGAGGCGAAUUCAUCAUAUCGGAUGUGAAGGUGUGAAUGAGCCCUUUCUGCGUCCUUUUCUUUCGCAAGGGACACGCCAUUUCGGUGGUCCCGAUUCGUCGGUCGCCAGUCUCGUGGGGAAGUGCUCAACAUACAUAUGUGGAUUAACGUGUGUGUUGUUGUAUGUAACAUAGUUUACUAUGGAGUGUUUAUUUGUUUGUGGGACGGUUGAUAACUGU